AUGGGAGGGCUCUGGCGUCCGGGAUGGCGGCGCGUUGCUCUGUGUGGCUGGCGCUGGCGUCCCCUCGGGCGCCCGACCUGCGUGGCGGAGAGGGUUGAGCGGUGGCUCAAGCCGGAGAGGAGUGGGACGGGAGGUGCUGGGACGCCGGGACCGAGGCUGAUCGGGACGUGGAGGCGCUCGAGCCUGGCCCGAGACCUGGCCGUGGCGGCGCGGCGGCCGAAGAGCACGAACCCGCAGGCGCGCGCGCAGGAGGAGGAAUGGAGGCGGCGGAACAAGACCGUCCUCACGUACAUGGCCGCGGCCGCCGUGGGCAUGCUGGGGGCGUCCUAUGCCGCCGUGCCCCUGUAUCGGCUCUACUGCCAGACUACUGGACUUGGAGGAUCAGUAGCAGCAGGGCAUUCGACAGACCAGAUAGAAAACAUGGUGCCUGUUAAGGAUCGCAUCAUUAAAGUCACCUUCAAUGCAGAUGUGCACGCAAGUCUCCAGUGGAACUUUAGACCUCAGCAAACAGAAAUAUAUGUAGUACCUGGAGAGACUGCACUGGCUUUUUAUAAAGCUAAGAAUCCUACUGACAAACCAAUAAUCGGAAUUUCUACAUACAAUGUUGUACCAUUUGAAGCUGGACAGUAUUUCAAUAAAAUACAGUGCUUCUGCUUUGAAGAACAAAGGCUUAAUCCACAAGAGGAAGUAGAUAUGCCAGUGUUUUUCUACAUUGAUCCUGAAUUUGCUGAAGAUCCAAGAAUGGUGAAUGUCGAUCUCAUCACUCUUUCUUAUACUUUUUUUGAAGCAAAGGAGGGCCACCAGUUGCCAAUUCCAGGCUAUAAUUGA